GACCUUCCCUGAAUAAUCUGGACUGGGGAAGUGCUGUUUCCCAAAAUGGUCAUUGUCCCAUGUCCAGGGGUGGCUUUUGGGGGACACAGAGGGGGCUGGAGCAGCUCCAUUACGGCCCAGGCUGAGGGAACUGGGCUGGUCCCAUGGAGCACCUGAGCCACUUGUCCCAGCGGUGACACUCCUGGGCCACCGUCAUCUUUCCGUGGAAACCAGUGGUUGUUUCAAACACCUCAAAUUUCCAUUUUGAGUGAGAAUUGCACCUCCUUGCUGCUCCGUUUUUUUUCACAAACCACAUCGAAAGCCACUUCCCCCCACCAGGCACUGAAAAGCCACGCAGGCGCUCUUCUUCUUCCUCUUCAUGGCAUUUUUGGGUGGCGGUGCCCCAAAUCCUCUCCGUUUUCGGACAUCCAUGGACGUGUUUUGGAUCCAUCUUCUCGCCACCCUCGUGCUCCUCCUCCAAACCACGAGCGCCAGCGACCCCACGGAGGUGAUCGGGGUCCUGGGCAGGUCCGUGACCCUCCGCACCCACAACCCAGACAGAAAUGUAGCACUCUGGAGUUUUGGGAAUGAUCCCAUCGUGACUGUGGCACUUGAGGACCCUCCUCAACCCUUAUUUCACAAAGACGAAUUCAAAACCCGUUUUGCCGUCUCUGAGAGAGGCCACGCGCUCGCCAUCUCCCAGCUGAGGAUGGAGGAUGCCGGGACCUACUCUGUAAUCAUUGACGGAAAAACAUCCACCUUCACGCUGCGGGUGUUCAGGGAGCUGGCAGAGCCCACGGUGACCUGCGAGGCCCAGAACUGCUCGGACGGGAGCUGCAGCUCCUCCCUGCGCUGCUCCGCGCCCGGCGCCGGCCUCGGGAACGUCUCCUACACCUGGAGGGUGGGGGAGCACACGUGGGACGGGAGCUCCGUGGUGCUGCUGGUGAACGAAACAUCCCAGGAUGAGCCGGAGCGGCUGACGUGCACGGCACGGAACCCCGUCAGCAGCAGGAACGUCACCGUCACCAUCCCCGGGGUGCUCUGUGCAGGCUCCCUCUCCAGCAGCUCAGUCAGGGUCGGGCGCGGGUUCUUGAUCUUAGCCGGGAUUUUAAUCGCGGCGUCUUUGUCGAUUAUCUUCUUGCUCUUGUGGAAAUCCAGAGGCUGGACGAAAUUCCGCCUCUCCCAGUCCAAGCCUGGGGACACAGGGGCCACAAACGACUACACGACCGUGUACGCCGAGGUGGGCCCAACCCAGCAGCGCGUCCCUGACGGAACUAAAGCCAAACCAGCGGAGGGGGGACCUGCCACAACCAUUUAUUCCCUGGUCAAGCAUCCAGACCAGGUGCAUGGUGGGACGGCAGAAAACGCCCCCACGGCCAGCCUGGAGCUGGUCUAGAAGGAUCCAGAACCGGUUUAAGGAAAAAGAGACUGAUCUGAAGGGCCUGGAUCUGGUUUGGGGACAUGAAACUGGCUUAAAAACCUGGAAGUGAUUUAAAGAUCUAUUUUAGUGAGUCUGCACCUGGUUCACAAAAACAAGAACUGAUUUAGAAGAAGCUGGAACUGCUCCAAAAGGACCUGGAACUGGUUUAGAAGGAUCCAGAACUGGUUUAGAAGGAUCUGGAACUGGUUUAGAAGGAUCUGGAACUGGUUUGAAGGGUCUCCACUCCCAGGUCAGACAGAAGGACCCCACAAGGUGGCUCUGGAACAGCUCCGACGUCCCCGACCCCGCUCCGGACUGGGAUCUCCCAGAUCUCCCCCUCCUGGAAUCUCCCUUCCCCCCCUCAUCUCUGCUGCCUCAGUUUCCCUCUCUUUGGGAUUUCAGGAGGAUUUCUGGGAGCUUUCUCCAUGGUUUUGGCAGCUCCGUGGGGUUCAGGCUCCUUUUCCCACCAGGAUCCUGGACCAAAACUCUUCCAAAGCUGCCGGGCUGCAGGAGACUCUCAAAAGGGUUUUCCCAUGGAAUUCUGGAAUUCCUGGAGUUGGGAAGACCCUCCAGGACCGUCAGUCCCAGCCUGGGACCGAUCCUGGUCACCCAGACCAGCGUCCAGUGGGUUCUCAGGAGAUGUCCAGGGAUGGCUCCAAACCAGCCCCUUUUGGGGCGGAAAACCCAUUUUUUACAAACAAUUCUCUCAGGGAACCUUUGGAAACGAAUUUUAUUUUUUAUAUUUUGUAAAUUACUUUUUUCUAAAUGAUUUUUUUUUUCUCUCUCUCUCUUCUGCUGCAUUUUGAGCCCUGUGAAAGGCUCCUGGCAGGGCUGAAAACAACCAAAAAUAACCCCAGGAAGUUAAAGCAGAACCAGAAGUGGUGCCCCCCCUGUCACAGCUCGUGUGGUUUCAGCACCUGCUCCCUCUCCCCACCUCCAGAACUUUCUACAUUUUACAGCACCCACCCCCCAAAAAUAACCUCAGCCCCACCAAUCCCUGCAGGGCCAGGGCUUGGGAUCAUCUGGGAUUUGGGAUCUGGGAUCUCGGAUUUGGGAUUUGGGAUUUGGGAUCUGGGAUUUGGGGUGGACCUGAGGGAAAACGGGACACGGAGAGCGACUCCGGGGUGUUUGGGUGUGGGGUUUGGAUUUUGGGCGAGGGAUUCGGGCUGGGCUGCUGGAGCUGGGCGGAUUCCCAGCAGGGAUCCCAGCUGGAAUCUGGGGAUCCCAGCAGGAAUCUAAGGACCCCAGGCAGGAAUCCCAGAGGGGAUCCCAGCAGGAAUUUGGGAAUCCCAGAAGGAAUCUCAGCAGGAAUCUCAGCAGGAAUUUGGGGAUCCCAGCAAGAAUUUUGGAAUUCCAGAAGGAAUUUCAGCAGGAAUCCCAGCAGGAAUUUUGGGAUCCCAGCAGGAAUUUGAGGAUCCCAGCUGGAAUUUGAGGAUCCCAGCAGGAAUUUUGGGAUCCCAGCAGGAAUCUGGGGAUCCCAGCAGGAAUUUUUGGGAUCCCAGCAUGAAUUUUGGGAUCCCAGCAGGAAUCUGGGGAUCCCAGCAGGAAUUUUUGGGAUCCCAGCAGGAAUUUGAGGAUCCCAGCUCCCUCCAAGAGCAGGAUUCCUUUGGAACGCACAUCCUGCUGGGGACAAGGACCCGAGCAGGGGACAAGGGACACAUCCUCCCUUUCCCUGCUCCCCAAAUCCCCCUGGAAACGGCAGAAAUGGCCCCAAACCCACGAGCUGGCCGGGAUUUUCCGAUGGCUCCGGAAUUCUGGGAAUUCUCUUCCCUGCCGUGCCCCUUCCUGCUGCUCUUUGUCUGUGCCUCGGUGAAUUAUUCACGGCUGGAACCGGAGCCGCCUUUGAAGUCUCGGGAAUAAAAAUUCCAGGUGCAUCCUGGCAUCGUUCCUGCCUGCACUUUAUUUUUUGGGAAUCAAAUAAGUUUUUGGAAUAAAUUUGGAAUCAUUUGUAUUUUC